AAAGUUAGCUAAAGCACUAACCUACAAAUUAGCUCCGCUAUUAGCCGUUAGCGGAUUGUGCCCACCACUGAGUUUGUGUGACUUUUUUGCAACGGAAAUAUCAGAAACUGCUUCAAAGCUCAACAGUAAAUAGAAAUGACCAAACGUUUCUCAGUGGGAAGGAUGAUGGGAGGCGAUUCUCAGGAAUUAAUCUGCUGCUUGUUUGUCAGAGAUGAUGCAACAUCAGAUCCACUGGAUUCCAGAUAACAACUGGUGAACGUUGUACUUUGAACAGCAGCUUGUUCCAUACAGGGAUUUAACCUCACAGCCCUGCAGCUGCUGUCGGACCAGGUUUCUUCUUCUUCUGGUCUGGAGGACCUCCUCUGCCAUCAUGUCCACCUCCAUGCAGAUCGCACCGGUCAUGGAAGAGACGUACGAUGGAGUUGGCCGCUGUAAGUGUGCCUUCUGGUUGGCGGUGGUCCACGACGUUCUGGGCGUCCUGGUCAUCAUGGUGGGGGUGUUCGGAGGCCUGGUGAUCCACGACGUCUUCAUCUACGGCGGCGCCAUCAUCAUCUUCCUCAGCCUGAUCUGGUGGAUCUUCUGGUACUCGGGGAACAUCGACGUUCCGCCGGAGGAGCUGGAGGACGACGUGGGCCUGAUGAAGCCCCAGAACAGGCGGCUCAGCCGGGCCGUCAGGCGGGUUUCCAACAGGAUCAGGAACUCCUUCAGGAAAAAGGCUCGGCCUCUGGAAGAGGAGCCCUCCGGGGGCCCCGGGCCCUCAGACUAUGGUACGGAUGUAAGGCUCUCCACCAUAUAUGGCAGCUCUAAAGGCUCUUCAUCAAAACAACUUGUGAGAGAAACUUUGUCCAUAUGAAGAGUCAGAACCUGGAGCUGGAGUUUUAUUUUGUCUUUAUUCACAGUUAUUUUUAAUGCAUCUCUCAUCAUUAGUCAACACAGAGGUGAUGAAUGAUAAGCUGUAAACUUUGCACACAACAACAGCGGUUUGCUGACACAUUCAGAGACUACUGACUGUUUUUACUGCCGACCAUCUGUAGCUCAUUUACAGAUUUCGGAGGAGUUGAAAUGAGUGAAGUGCUUAAUUUUAUCUGCAUGAUCUGUUCAUUUAUCAUGGAAGUUGAAACAAAACACUGACACACCUGAAGCAGAAAACAGUUAUUAUUAAACAGCUGCUGCAACCUUUUGCUUUCCAAAUGUUCCCUAUUUGCAGCAGAAAUACUAAAUUAUUGCCUGUAAUAUAUGCCAAAUAUAAAUUAAUGAUGAUCCACAUUGAACUUCCUUAAUAACUCGUAAAACAUUUUUAUAAUUUUUGUGUGAGAUUAAAAGUUGUGUAAAUAUCACAUUUCCAUCUUGUUGUUUAAACCAUUAAGGAUUUAAAG